UCAGUCUGCUGAACGUGGCCAAUGACGCAAUGCUCUUUGAACGCAGCCCAUAUCAUUGUGUGCGAUAAGUCAAAAAGUCAAAAAUCAAAAUUGUCGAUAAAACUGAUACGCAUAGUCAUCUUACUUAAAAUGGAAUUGAAAUGUGCAGUGAAAGACUAUAACUGGGGAAAAUAUGGCAUGGACAGUAUUGUCGCAUCUUUGAUGGCAUCUGCUAAUACCGAUUUUGUAGUGGAUAAACAAAAAACUUAUGCAGAAUUAUGGAUGGGCACUCACGAAAAUGGUCCGUCAUUUUUCAAGGAUACAAAUGUUUCCUUGCAUAAGUAUAUUCAAGAUAAUGUCAAAGUGUUAGGUGAUGAUGUAGUACAAAUAUUUGGCUAUAACUUACCUUUUCUUUUUAAAGUUUUGUCUGUAAAUAAGGCUUUGUCCAUCCAAGUGCACCCAAACAAGGAGAAAGCAAAAGAACUGCAUACAUUAUAUUCAAACAUUUACAAAGAUGCAAAUCAUAAACCAGAACUUGCAAUAGCUUUGACCCAUUUUGAAGCACUAUGUGGAUUUCGUCCAAUCAAGGAAAUAAAAGAUUAUCUCCAAAACAUACCAGAAUUACAUGUUGUAAUAGGAGAAACCAAUAUUUCUUUGUUACUUGGAGCAACUGAUUCAAUGAUCAAUGAUAUUUUGCGACAAUGCUUUUAUACUCUUAUGACUUGUACUCCUAAUGAAGUAGCAAGACAAUUAGAACAUUUGAUUAACAGAUUACAUAACAAAGAUGAUUCUUACAAGCAAUGGAUAAAAGCUGAUUUGUUGAAACGUUUGUAUACGGAUUAUCCAGGAGAUGUAGGCUGUUUUACUAUAUAUCUUUUUAAUUAUGUAAUAUUGCAGCCAGGAGAAGCCAUAUACAUUGGACCAAAUGUACCUCAUGCAUAUCUUUUUGGUGAUUGUAUUGAGUGUAUGGCAUGUUCAGACAAUGUAAUAAGAGCUGGGCUUACAUCAAAACCUAAAGAUGUAAAAACUUUAAUCGAAAUAUUGUCGUUUGACUGUGAGUCAGCUUCUAAUAAAAAGAUUGAAUCAUUCCGAGAAGACGAAUUUACUGAAAUAUUUCGUCCGCCAGUACUCGAGUUUGCAGUUGCAAAGAUCAUUCUCCUGCCUGGGCGAUCAGUACAUAAUCUAAAGUCGCGAAAUUCUGCCAGCCUUUUGUUAGUAAUGAGUGGUGAAAUAGAAGUAUCUUCCAAAAUUUUUCCUCGCGGAACUGUUAUGUUUAUUUCUGCCAACGAUACAGUAGAAAUUAAAUAUUCCUGCAGUGAUCCCAUAUUGAUGUUUCAAGCAUUUUCGAAUGUGUGACAAUACAACUAUUUUAUAUACUUUGCAAUAUAAUCCAACAUUUAAAGUAACAGAUAUUGAAUUGAUUUUUAAAUAAUUUUUUUUGUCAGAGGUAUAUUUUUUAAUUGUAGUAUAUAUUACACACACACUAUCUGUUGGCUUUAUUUAUGUUAGUAUAGUGAGAAAUAGUAAAUACAUUUGUAUUGAUAAAUAAAAUUGUGUAAAUAUAUA